CAAAAGUAUCGAUGUCGUCGAUACUUUUUGUUGUACUUGUACAUUUUUCGCCAAAAAUAAUAAUAAAAGUGAAAAGUUAAUGUAUUUUUGUUGUACAAAUACAAAGAAAAAUGUUGUUGGAUUGAUUGGCAAUUUCGCCAUUAAAAACGGCCGUAAUAAUACAAGUGCAAUACGUGGAUACGCUGAGAGGGAGAGAAGGGGCCAUUCUUUUGUUGCACUAACCCGCUUAAGCAAGAGUCGAGUAAAGAAAGCGCUUCUCAAAGCCUGCCAGACUGCCUCGCGAUUCGCGAACCGCCCGCCUGCCUGCUCAUCCGCUCAUCCGCCUGCUUGCUCUGCCUGCCCUGCUAGCCGUUGAGAGAAAUGUUAAAGUCUAGCCUCAAUACACAGGAACUGCGUCUGCCACGUCCCGAGGAACACCAACAACACCAACACCAACACCUACAGCAGCAGGAGCAACCGACGCAUCAAGUGGCCGCUGUGAUAGCACACAACACAACAAGUAACAAUUCAACAGCUGCAACUGAAAGAACAACAGCAGCAGCACCCGCAACAGCAACUGGAACAGGAACAGCUGCAGCAGCCAGCAGCCUCAACAUGGAUACGCUUAAGACAGCUUUUCUGCCUAAUCUCAGCAUGGAUCAGAACGUGAUCAGUCAUUACUGCCCCAUGUGCCAUCAGCAGUUCGAGAGAGCCCAACAUGCCGCUGAUCAUAUGCAGCUCUGUCACGGCAUCUCGUUGCAAACGCACGAAACAAUCACAACACUGGAGCAACAGCAGCAACAGCAUCAACAGCAGCAGCAGCAACAAUUGAAGUCACUUAGCUAUCCGUGUGCCAACUGUGAUGACAAGUUUGGGAGCGCACUGGAGGUGGAUGAACACCAUCGAUUGACGCACCAGGCAACGGCAUUUUUGGCCCGUUGUAUGGUCUGUAGCAUUUAUGGCGUCAAUUCGAUAACGCAGAAUCCCAACGAAUACAAAUGCACGCAUUGCGGCGCUGUUUGUACGGCAGCGAUGUUGGCUGCUGGCCAGCAAACGUUUAUGGAGCACCAGGAGGCGCCGGUGACACCAGAUGAUCUGCCAGCCAUAGCGCCGCGUGAUAUGAGACUGACGCCCGAAGAGCAGCAACACCAGCAGCAGCAACAGUUGCAGCAGGAGCAACAGUUGCAGCAGCAGCAACAACAGCAACAGGAACAACACCAUCACCAGCAACUCGAGCAGCAGCAGCAACAGGAGCAACAACAACGACAAAGGGAACUGCAAGAGCAGCAGCAUCAAGACGAUCUAAGUAAUCCGGGCACGCAAAAAGUGCCGCCACUGACGGUGAAGCUGCUAAAGAAUGGCAAUGGUGCGACAGUAACACAUCCACAGUUUCCCCUCACGCAGGUGAUCAUCAAGGAGGAGCCGCUCAGUUUGAGCGAUAGUGGCGAUGUGGUCAAUGCGGUGCCUGUCUAUGCCAUCCAAGCGAAUCCAGUGGGACAACAACAGCCAGGCGCAGCAGCGGGUGCGACGAGCAGUGUGCUGGUUAGCACACAGACGGUGCCAGCGGAUUUGGCGCACAAGAUACGACACAAAUGCCCCGAUUGCCCCAAAACGUUCAAGACACCCGGCACGCUGGCCAUGCACCGCAAGAUUCACACGGGCGAAGCAGACGCCACGCCCAAAGAACGCCCCUACACGUGCUCCUACUGCGGCAAGUCCUUCACUCAAUCGAAUACACUAAAACAGCACACUCGCAUUCAUACAGGUGAGAAACCAUUUAGAUGUGGCUAUUGUGGCAGGGCGUUCACUGUUAAGGAUUACCUGAACAAACAUUUAACGACUCACACGGGUGAAAAGCCAUUUCAUUGUGGGUACUGUGAGAAGUCCUUUAGCGUGAAGGACUAUCUCACGAAACACAUACGCACACACACCGGCGAAAAGCCGUACACCUGUCCGUAUUGUGAUAAACGAUUCACGCAACGCAGCGCACUCACCGUGCACACGACGAAGCUGCAUCCGCUCUAGGAUAGGCCCAGUGGGGGGCGCACCAUAGUUGACCCAAAGAAACCAAGCAGCGACCUGGCUUAAUUGAGGAUUGAAGAGGCGGAGGAGGAGCAGAUGCAGGAGCAGCGGGAGCGGGAGCGGUAGCAAAAGCAGCAGAUGGCGGAUGAUCGAGGAGAAGAAUGGAAAGUAAAUGAAAGACGUUUUCAAAGACGAAACUGUUAAAACAAAACACAACAAAAAAAAAUAUAUAAAAAACUUACAAAAAUUGGGAGCGACCAACAAAAAGAAAUGGCCCAAAAAGGAAGAAAGAAGUACGCCCCAAACAAAUCUAAACAAACAAAAAACGCAAGCAAGCAAGCAACCAACGACUGGCAAAUCUUCAAAGUGCUGCUAGACUCUAAAUUAGAAUUUUUGCUAACUAAAGAUAUAUAGUAACAAAUUGUACUACAGCAAUGGCGUACCAUUUAAUUGUUUUUAUUUUUUUUUAAAUAAGUGCAAUCGAUUUUUAUUAUGAUUUGGUUAAAUGUAAAUGUUUUGCAAUUGAAUCAAUGAUUAUUAUUGUCAUUAUUAUGGUUAUUAUUUCAGAUUAUUUUUGCGAUUUUCUAUUUGUAUGUCAUACUUAUUUUGUUAUUCCCUGAGAUUUUAUUGCAUACAUAUAUACAUAUAUUUUAUUUUUAUAUCUUAACGGAUAAUCCCUUUUUUAUAGCGACCUUAAACGCGCACACUCACAUACUGCGCCGUCUCACACUCACACUUACACUCACACAACACACAGACACACAUCUAUAUUAUUUAUACAUAUAAAGAGAAAUAUUUUUUAUUACUGUUGUGGAAAUAUUAUUUCUUAAACUUGUUUCAAGGUAACCAAAAAAACAAAAUCAAAACAAACUCUACGCGCAAAACUUAAAUUAUUUUAUAGAAGUGAAAAGUUGAAGAAAGAGGAAAAAAAAAACAAAUUAACAUGAUACGCACACACUUAUUCGAACACAGAACAAGUUCUAUUUAUUCUCAAGAUUGAAAACUGAACAAAGAAGUUUUUCAAAAUUUUACUCAAAACUUUCAAAGAUGAAAAAGAAAACGCUUUGCUUAAUUUGCAUACGAGCAGGAUCUCGUUUGUUUUGGCUUUAAAUUUAUUUACGUUAAAUUAAAGAAAACAAAAAUUGUUUAUUAACUAAUUAACUUAGUGCUUUAUUUGAUUUUAAUUUGUUUAUUAGUUUUUUUUUUUUUUGUUUGUUUGAUCGGUUUUAACGGUUCUUACAUUCUAAAUGUUAACCAUUGUUUUUAAAUUAUUUAAGUUUCUUAAGCGCAUUUGAACGCAAGACAAAAAGUAUUUAAGAGCAAAUUGAAAUUGAACGAAAUCUAUGCAAAACGCAACACAGCUUUACGCGCCAAACUAGUUUAAAAAACAACAAACAUAUACAAUAUAUAUACAUAAAUAUAUUAUUAACAAUUUUUUAUAUUCUAAGCUUUUAAACAAAAGAAAUGAACAAAAAAGUGAAAGUGAAAAAAAAACCAGUCGUAACGUAACAAGCUUAUGCAUAAUAAUAUUAAUAUAAAUAUUAAUAAUAAUUAUAAUUGUUUUUGUAAUAUAAUAAUGAAACGUUUUUUAAAUGAACAUUUAAUCAAUUAAUUGACUUGCAAGUUGUAUGUACUAAAAACAAAAAAAACUUUAACUGUAGCAAUACCAAAACGAUAAAAUUGUACAUUUUUACCGUAACAUGAGAAGAAGAGAAUAUGAAAAAGAAAAAAACGAAAACAAAUAUACUUAGUGUUAUAUAAAUGUAUAAUGUAUAAUUUACAACUAAUCUUAAUGCAUAAUACACUCAAACAAAAAGUCUACCUAAAAUGGCACAUAGCACAGCAACAAAAUGCGCAGCGCAUGUAAAACCAAAAUAAAUUCUAAGUAAUAACUAAUUAUUGUAAUUUUUUAAGUUUUAAUAAACCAAGUUGACGAUCAAAAAGCAACCAAAAAACAAAAAAAAAAACGAUAACGAAAACAAAAAACGAAACCCAAUGGAAAACUUCGCUUCUCUCUAACAGCAACUACAUAAAUCAAUUCUAAUAAAAAAAAAUAAAAA